AUGUUCACCAGAACUCCGAAAGUCUUCCGCGCCUUUUUCUUAGUUGUGUCCACUCUUUUGGGAUUUGUGACAUUGUUACGACUUCCUAAACAUCCAGACGCUACACGAAAUUCCGAGUCUUAUCACACUGGACUGUCUAGGGAGCGCAUUGACUGGUCCCGUUUUGCAUACACUCAAUAUGCCACAGACAGGUCUUAUCUCUGCAAUUCAGUCAUGAUCUUCGAGGCCCUUCACCGUCUCGGUACAAAAGCCGAUCUUGUGCUGAUGUAUCCAGCCAAGUUUUUCGUGUCUGAGAACGAUAGUUCAAUUGAAGCACGUCUACUUCGUUUUGCAAGAGAUAAUUAUAACGUGAAGCUUCGGCCAAUCGAGGUAAUCAUGAAGGGAGGAGGAGGAGCACCAUGGUCAACGAGCUACACGAAGCUCCUCGCUUUUAAUCAAACAGAUUAUGACAGAGUUCUCAACUUAGACUCUGACGCCACCCUGCUGCAGACGAUGGACGAGCUGUUCCUACUCCCACCAGCUCCGGUCGCCAUGCCACUGGCCUACUGGUUUUAUCCGGAAGAACGAGUAUUCACAUCCGGGCUUAUGCUCAUUCAACCAUCCACGGAUGAAUUCAAUCGGGUGUUGGAAGAGAUAUGGGACAAUCCUUCUGAAGAAUACGACAUGGAGAUUAUGAACAAGUUAUACGAAGAUAAUACUCUCGUUAUACCGCACCGCCCUUACAUGCUUUUGACGGGAGAAUUCCGCGCCAAGAACCAUGAGGCCUAUCUGGGAAAUACAUAUGAACCGUGGGAUGCGGACGAAGUUCUAAGAACAGCUAAAUACCUCCAUUUCUCUGACUGGCCAGUUCCCAAGCCAUGGGUUGCCGCUACUCAACAUGUGAUCGAGCAGACCCAGCCUCCUUGCGAGGUCAACCCUGCUACUAGUCAGCGAGAUGACUGCCAUCUCCGAGAGAUCUGGCUAGGGAUGUACAAGGAAUUUAUGACUAGACGACAGAGCGUAUGUGGCGUUGCUAUACAAGACCAGGAUGCUCAAUAA